AUGCGAGUUGUUGUGGUCGGAGGGAGCGGGCUGCUCGGGAGGCAGCUGGUGGAGGCGUACAGAUGUCAAGGACACGAGGUGAGAGGGACUGCGUGCACGAGGGUGAAGAAUGCUCUGACUCACCUAGACGUGCAUGAUACGGACAAGGUCUCUCAGAUGUUUGUGGAGUUUGAGCCACAAGUUGUCGUCAUGUGCAUCAACGAGAUAAGAGACAUACAACUCAUCGUCUCCUCCUUUACAAGUCAAGACAGCGAGAAUCCCUCCUCCGGCGAACCAGAUACCCAGCACAUUGAGCAGUUCGGCAAACUAGCAGCAGCAGGAGGAGCUUGGAUCCUAUAUGUAUCAUGCGACCAGGGGAGAGAAAUUCCGUUGUCCCCAGCAGACAAGGGUUCCGGCUCUCUACGGGCCAUUGGAAAAGAUCGGUUGCACUAUUAUCUGAUGGGAAUGCGAGGGAUUGCUGAUAGUCUUCAAGGUGAAUCGCCCAUAACGAUCUUGACCAAGGCUGUCUUCCCGAGGGUGAAGGUAGGCGAGCGAGUCGAUGGGACGAAUAAGCGGUUCCCAGCAUUUGCGAAAGACGUGGCGAGAGCCUGUGUGUUUUUGUCUGAGAUCAGAGUGAAGGCAGGAAGGGAAGUGAGAGGGGUCUGGCACUACGGGUUUGUGCACCCGGAGGACAAGGGGGGAUGGACAGACUGGGACAUCGUGCAGAUGAUAGCGAGAUUUCUUGGAGUUGAGCUGGGGGUGGACGGAGCUUGUCAGCUCGUCAAGAAAGAGGAGGUUGAAUCGUCUGCAAUACGAUUGGGAGGCGAGGAUCUGUCAAACCUGUUCAAACAGCACGAGGUGUCUAUUGGGGAUAUCAAGAGCUUGCAAGAAGGGCUGCAAGAAAUCCUUACGGCGUUGAUCCCCUCCGCCGCCCUCAGCUCAAGCAGGAAAGACAACGCUCCUCUCUCCGAAAACUCCAGCCGCCCGGUCGAGAUUCACACGACCGAUGGUCAAAAGAUCAAAGUGAACGACAAAGCUGCAACCUUGGUCAAGCAAGCGUGCAACAAACUGUCAACGGGGAAGUUCCACGAGGCCAUUCAGUCGAUGUCGCAAGCGAUCAAGCUUGAUUCAAACCUUGUUUGUGUCGAGGAGUCAAGCCAUCAGCUGACAGCCAUGGUUUCUCAGCUCAUGAUGUCAGGGAAGCAUGAUCUAGCGGAGGUUCUUCUGGAGCAGAUGUACAACAAACUGAAGGAGAAGGCGGGAGAGAACUCUUGGUCCCUCAUUGUCUUCAUCGAGAGCUACGUCAUGCUCUACAAGAGUUUAGGAAAUUGGCAGAAGAUGUUGGUGUGGUGUGAGAAAGGGGAGGCGUUGAGCAAGCACGUAAAGGGGGUUGAGAGCUUGGAGUACGCGACUGCUUUGAGUAACCUUGGCCUUGCUCUUGGACCUCUCAGCCGGUACGAGGAAUCCAGAAAGUGCUUCGAGCGAGCCCUGGCCAUCCGUGAGCAGCUCAAGGGACCCGAUAGCCCCGAGGUCGCUCAGACUCUCCACAACUUCGCGUUGCUACUGCGCAACAGCGGGCAGGUGACGGAGGCAGGGCCGGUCUACGAGCGGUGCAGCAAGAUCUGGAGGGAGAAGGAGCAGUGGGGGCUGCUCGCCAUCUCGCUCAAGGACGCUGCUGUGAUGUACAGAAACAACGGGGAAGGCGGGAGGGCCAUAGAGCACCUCCAUCUUGCUCUUGCCGCCCUCUCCAGCCUGCCUAGCGAGGCAGCAGCACAGAUCGAUCAGCAGCUCCGGAUCAGCGAGAUGAAGAAAGACCUCGAGCAGAAGUUGAGGAAGUGA